AGGAGGCCGCAGUGUGGUUGGGGGUGCUACGGAGAGCCGCGUUUUUUCGGUUUGUGUAGGCGCUUCCUCUGUAACACGGUAGGACGAUUAAAGCAAGAAAACUUGCAAAUAUUUCAUCUCAGCUUUAACUGAUGACUGGUUAAUCUGUUCUUGAGGAUAAAUCAUUUUGGAAUGUCUGCUGCAGCCAUCGAAUCAGAAGAUGAGGUCCCAUCACUUUUGUGGGGUUUGAAUCCCGUUUUUUCAUCCUUUGCACGACUAUACAUUAAAGACAUACUAGAAAUGAAAGAGUCUAAACAGGUUCCAGGUAUAUUCUUUUACAACAAACAUCCAAUAAGACAAGUGGAUAUUUUUGGCACAGUGGUUCUAAUAAAAGAAAAAGAUGCCUUUUAUAUUUAUGGAGUGGAUGAUAGCACAGGAGUAAUAAGCUGCACCUGCUGGAAAAAUGCUUUAGCAGAAAAGAAAAAAUUGUCAGAUUUUGAAUCUCAGCCUAGUACUUUAAGUGGCCUGAAUCUUACUGACUUGGUAAGAAAUCUCCAAAUAGCAAUUCAGAAAAAAACAAGGCUGGAAAUUGGUGAUCUAAUCAGAGUCCGUGGUAGCAUUCGAAUUUACAGGCAACAACGGGAAAUCAAGGCCUCAAUGUAUUAUAAAGUUGAUGAUCCUAUGUAUGAAGUUCAGAUUUCCAGGAUGCUAGAACUCCCCCGUCUAUAUAGGGAUAUUUAUGAUAAGGUAUUCCAGUUCUCAGAAGAGACACAGAGUAAUCAUGGCGCAUCAGAUGAGCUGGGUUCUAUUAUACUAAGUAAAAAAAUAAGGGACUUUCUAUUGAGGAACAAGAUUCAGAGCUUCUAUAAGCAGGAAUUAGAAACAGUUGAGGAUUUGGUAUCAUUGGCCAGACAGGAUGGACUGAGUACCACUGCUGAGCAAGCAGGUUCCAAAGCUGGUCCCUGCUCCAGACUGAUUAGGCACUCGUUCAUGGAAGCAAUAAAGUUGUUGCAGAAAAAUGGUGUUCUUUUUCAGAAAUCAAAGACUCCCCAAUAUAUGUAUUAUGUUACUGAACAGGAUACAGAAUUGCACAAAGUAACUCUUGAAGUUAUCAGAGCUGAUUGUAAGAGGCCAAAAUAUGCUGAAAAAGGGUGCCACCUCCGUCACAUACUCAGUUGUAUUCAGCAAAGCUAUAAUCCUUGUGUCACUGAAGCUGUUGUCCGUUGUCUCCUUGAUUGGUUGGAGAUCAACAGUGAAGUUGUCACUACCAUGGAAGAAUACUACACAGUCUUUUAAUCUAAGGAAUGCCAUGGAUGUCUGGAGUCAGACAUUAUCGACUGAUCUCUGCAAUGUCAAAAAUGUUACUGUGUACCUGCUCAAUCAUUUUUCUAAUUUAGAAAGUGAUGCAGAAUGCAAAUCCUUUUAUUUUGUGAUAUUCCCAGUAGGUGUCGUUAUUGUUUGAAGCAUUUCUACUGUUUCUAAGGGCAGAAGUAAUGAUGUAAAAUUAAGCUGUGAAUGCCCUCUUGUGGUUGAAUAAAAGAAAAGAUAUGUUUUUGAACUACAUUGCCUUUGGACCACAUAGUUCAAAAAACAAGAAGUAUGUAAAGGAAAGAUGAGUUUGAUUCAUUUAACUUUACUGCCAGAGACCAAUAACACAAAAAAGACAAUUCCAAAAAAGACAAUACAGAAAAGUGAAAAUGAUAAAAGGUCAUAUAAAAUAAAAAAUAAUAGGUAGAAAUUACUAUGUUGAUUAAUCUUAUCCAUGCCAUGAGGGGAAUAAGCAUAUAGGAUGUUUAAUAGUUAGUAGCUGAAAAAUCAAAACCUUUAGUCUCCCAUUAACAAUUGCAAAAAACAUGACAACCUUUCUGAAUAUUUUUGUAUCACAUCAAUCAAAAGAGAGAGCCAGUUUGGUGU